AUGAAUUGCCAACAGAAAUUUAAACUUGACAUCUUAUCCGAAGGUGAAGCAUGGGCUUUGUUCAAAGAUACUGCUGGUCUAAAAGAUGUUUCUUUGAGAUUGAAUGAUGUAGCCAAGGAGGUUGCUAGUGAAUGCAAUGCAAUUGCAACAAUCGGAAAAGAAUUAAAAGGUGCAAGUCUAGAUGGGUGGAAAGCAGCAAAUAAGCGACUCAAGGACUUAAGACAUUUAGACAAUGAAGAGGUUUCUCAAGGUAUCUACAACUGCCUUAAGCUGAGUUAUGAUUAUUUGAAGGGAGAUAAUAUUCGAACAUGUUUCUUGCUAUGUUCCCUUUUUCCAGAAGAUUGGGAUAUUGAUAUUGAGUUGUUGGUUAUGUUUGCAAUUGGUCAUGGAUUAUUUUCUCAUAUUUACUUAAUUGAAGACUUGCGGAGAGAAAUUCGUGAAGCACUAAGAAAACUCCAAGAGGCUGGUUUGUUAUUGAGAACUGAUGAUGAUGAUGAUGAAAGAUAUGUAAGUAUGCAUGACGUGGUUCGUGAUUUUGCUCAUUGGAUAACAUCUACGGGGAAAAAUAUAUUCAUGGUAAAAGAGGGGUUGAUGGAAUGGCCUAUAAGUGAAAGAUGUGAAUCCCAUACAGCAAUCUCCUUUUGGAACAGCAAAAUAAAUAUUUUUCCUGAAAAGUUAGAAUUUCCAGAACUCAAAAUUUUGAUUUUUACAGGAAAGACUUUGGUGGAAGUCGCGAUUGCAUUUGUUAAAGGAAUGAAAGCCCUCCGAGUUUUGCAUCUCCAAGAUGUCAUUUUCUCACUAGAAGUACUUAAAUUCGUAACAAAUCUUCGAACUCUGUGUCUAGUAAAUUGUGAGUUGGAGAACAUCUCAUCGUUGGGAAAUUUGAAAAACCUUGAGAUUCUUGCAUUUUCUGAUACUAAUAUUUAUGAGCUAUUGCGUGGUCUAAAAUCGCUACAUUUUUUUUUACUCAGGAAGUGA